CCAUUCAGAGAAACUACUACUCCGGCUUCAAGGAAACGAUCUCCUUCUUCCGUCUGGCUUCUUCAAAACCUAGUUUUUGGUGUACCCUUUUGCCGCCAUUGAAGACCCAUUUGUUGAGAACGAUGGAAAUUACGAACAAUACUGAGAAUCAAUCAGAAAGAUGGUCACUUUCGUGAUUCGUGAACAAAGACCACUUUCUCCGGAUCCUUGCCAGAUAUGUGGGAGCAAAGGUUUCGAGGGUUUGAUAAUGGCCUGCUUCCGGUGCAGAGAAGUGCGAGAGCAUACGUCCUUGAAUGGAACAAUACAUACAAUGGCUGUCGAGGAGGAUUGUACCCUCGAUGCUUCUGAAAGGGGAACUGAUUCGGAACCAGAGAAUUCCAGCACUGCUUCCCGGAAAAGAUCAGACGAGAACAGUAAAUUAAGAACCCGUCCCGUGGAAGAUUUUCAGAACUCUGGAAGAGACGAAAAGAACGUGGAAUCCCUAUACUCACAAUGGCGUCUUGAAUCAUCUCAACAGUUGCCCGAUUUCUCACGUCGAGAAGUUCAAAACUGGAGAGUUUUCACUCGGGCCUCCGGGAAAAGCAUAUGCCAAUACUCUAACACCGGGCCUCGUAGAAGGAGGGCGUCUCUCUGAAGAUGAAGCCUCUUCUUACAUCGAGCAUUCCUCCUCGAAACCUCUCUGAAUACGAUCCUUUUUCGAAGCCUUUGAUGUUUCCAAGUUGUAAUGUAAAUGUUAAGUUCACUUGUUAGGAAGUAGUUAACUGUUUACUGUCUUUGAUGGACAAAAGUGUUGUAUUUGGAAACGUAGGCAGAGAGACAGGGUUGUUGCUUUCUGUCUCAGGCAACAGGCACUCGUUGGUAAUUGGUUUGAAAAAAUUAGCAUUGGUUA